AUGUUAGACCCAGGAAUAUUGCCAUACUAUGACCCGACGGUGGAUAGAAAAAUUGCAGUUGUAACUGGCGGAAAUACAGGUAUUGGCUGGUAUACUGUCUUACAUCUGUAUUUACAUGGAUUUGUCGUUUACAUUUGUGGGAGAAACUCUCACAAGAUUUCGAAGGCAACGCAAGAGAUACUCGCGGAAGCAAAGAAAAGAUGUCAUAAAGACGACAACGGUUCAAAUUCGAGCUCAGGGUCAGGCCCAAGUAUUCAGCGUCUAGGAACACUACAUUACAUACAUUUGGAUUUGACAGACUUGAAAUGUGUGGAGAGGGCGUCACUGAAAAUUUUAAAGCUGGAAGACCAUAUAGACGUGCUUAUUAAUAAUGCAGGUAUUAUGGCGGUGCCACUAGAAAUGACAAAGGACCGAUUUGAAGUGCAACUACAAACCAAUUAUAUUUCGCACUUUCUUUUCACGAUGAGAUUACUGCCUUUACUACGCCAUUGUCAUGGCAGAGUGAUUUCUCUGUCUUCAGUAGGUCAUCACCUUGAGUUCAUGUAUUGGAGCCUAAGUAAAACGUGGGAUUACAAGCCCAACAUGCUUUUCACAUGGUUUAGGUAUGCAAUGAGCAAAACGGCUCUGAUUCAAUGCACGAAAAUGUUGGCCAUCAAAUACCCAGAUGUUCUUUGUCUGUCGGUUCAUCCGGGUCUGGUGAUGAACACAAACUUAUUCAGUUACUGGACGAGAUUGCCCAUUGUUGGUAUUUUCUUUUGGCUGUUGUUCCAGGUUGUGGGGUUCUUUUUCGGCGUAUCUAACGAACAAGGCUCGCUAGCCUCUUUAAAGUGUGCAUUGGACCCACACCUAUCUGUUGAAACAGAUAACGGGAAGUAUUUCACCACGGGGGGUAAAGAAUCCAAGUCGAGUUAUGUUUCUAAUAAUGUAGACGAAGCAGCAUCUACUUGGAUCUGGACUGUUCACCAACUAAGAGACCGCGGAUUUGAAGUAUAA